AUGGCUCGGCUUCUGGUUCUCUCUCUCCUCGUAUCUUUCGCGGCGUUCGUCGCAGAAGCGUCGCCAGCUGACGCCACCAAUUUCGUGGCGCCUAUUCUCCGCGCCGACGCGCAGGUGGACCACCCGCAAGCUUCCAGAAACCGCCGGUCGCUCAUGAUCAAUGGGAUCCCGAAUCGCGACACGCCGUGCGCCACGAGAAUGUCGUGGUGGAACCAGACGGGUUACACCGGGGCGAAAUGGGUGACCUGGCUUCCUAGCCCCACAGACGGUUGCAUCAACUUUCCGCCGGAAUACUACCCGUCGACGACGUAUGGCUCGAUCAAGAUCGAGUGGUACGCGCCGACGCAGGCGAUGAAGACCGACUGGUACUUCGUCACAUGCCAGCAGAUCCAGCUCUACUCGAGCCGCGACUGCAACGUCGGCGUACAGCAGCUGACGUGCCCCACGGACCGCAACCCGCCCUCGCCCAGCUCGCGAUCCCCCUACCCCGGCAUCCGCACGGCUCUCAAGUCCGCUAGUUGCCUAUACUGGCAGGACCUGAGCAAAUUGUACACGUGUCCGGCCAACAGCCACUUGGACACCAAGUGGGCGGGCGCCAAGUGCUAUUGCAACAAGGGCUUCGCUGAGAAGAAUGGCGUGUGCGUCGACGUGUGCACGCCGCUCAACUGCGGUCCCAACUCGGACUGCUACGUGGCGAAUGGAGCAGGCGUGUGUAACUGCACGGAGGGUUACCGCAUGGUGAACAGCAAGUGCGAGGCUGUGGGCAACUCAGAUUUCCUCGAGCCGCACAACGCCGCCCGUGCUGCCGUCGGUCUGCCGGCGCUGACGUGGAAUGACUCUUUGGCUGCUGAGGCUCUGACCUGGAUCACCCAGCUUGGCACGACAGACAACACUUGCCACACAGCCACCCGCUCCAGCGCCCUGACAUACGGCCAGAACCUGAUGGUGACAAUUGGCAUCGGCCAAUGGACCGGGAGGAUGGUCGUCAACUCGUGGGUGGCAGAAAAGUCGAGCUACACCUACUCGCCUCUCAACGGCGGAUGUGCUACGGGCGCGAUUUGCUCGCAUUACAUCCAGAUCGUCUCUCGGGCAUCGACAGCCGUCGGAUGCGCUUCGUACACCUGUGCCGGUGCGGGGACACAGCUCUGGGCCUGCUUCUACUCACCCAAGGGACUCGUCAAGGGCACUUAUCCGUACUAA